AAGACACUCACAAGCAAAUUCUUAUUAACAACACUUUGAUUUUAUUCUCUGAUAAUAAAAAACUAUCUCUCAAAAUGAACUUCAAAUUGACUUUCUUUAUUGUAAUUUUCGCCCUGCUGUCCAUUGUUUCGAACCGUGCAGUUCAGGCUCUUCCUGGAGCUGUCGGAGGUGGUGGUUACGGAGGUGAUGCUAGUGACGUGACCCAAACCUCGACCAAUUUCGGGAUGGUUGGUACUGGCACAGGUGGUGAUGCUAAUGGAGGUAGUGCUACGGGAGGUAAUGGUUUCGGAGGUAAAAAUAAUAGUCUGAAGCAAACCUCGACCAACGUAGCGAUGGUUGGUGAUGGCUCAGGUGGUUCUGCUAGGCAAAGUUAAAAAUCCGAUCCUGUCACACGGCAGAUCAAGUGCUCCGAAGUAUCGACAGACCGCUGAUGCCGAAAGGAAACGAAAUCUUGGAUUGAUUACAGAAUACUUUAAUCUCAAUAAUAAAAUAAUAUUUUAAUCGCAUUGUAUGUCGGGUUAAAUACUAAAUACACUUUAUCAGCAUCAUA